GGCCCGGGCUCCGCCGCAGCUCGGCGCGGGGCAGCCACCGCCGGCCUUGCAGGAUGGAGGGACAUGCAGAAAUGGAGAUGCUGAGGACACUGAAGGGCCCUUCCACAGGGGAGGUUAGUGUGCACCUGGUGGCUAGAGACAGCUCAGGUUCUGGUCCUCACCUACCCCCAACUGCCUUCAUCCUUCCAGCCACCUCAGCCACACUUGGCCUGCCCAGUAGGACCCUGGACGUGUCCUGCUUCUCCAGGGAGCCAAUCCAGGUGGGCGCCCUGGAACGAGGGUCUGGCAGCGAACCAGUGACAGCCACCGUUCUGCCACAGAUGAAUGCUGGACCAGGGCCCAACUCCAGUGCCAGCACAUUACGGCUGUUGGAAUGGACUGAGGCUUCAGCCCCGCCCCCUGGGAGUGGCCUACGGUUCCGGAUAAGUGAGUACACGCCGCUGAAAAUGGUGGGAGUGGAGCAACCCCUGAACCCCGAGCGGCGGCGAGAGGGCUUGACCGAACGUGAAGAUGGCGGGGCCUCUGCGAGGGGUGGCGACCCGGGCACCCAGCAUCCGGGGGACCCCCCUCAGGACCUUCCAGAAGAGCCCCCUCGGGAUUCCACAGAGGAUCACAGCACCUGCCGGUGCCAGGCGUGCGAGCCUCAGGAUACCGGUCCAGAUCUUGGCUCUUCCAACAACGGCUGCCCUCAGUUGUUCCAGGAGCGGUCAGUCAUCGUGGAGAACUCAAACUGCACCCAUGUAUCUGAUCUCCUCAAACCCAUGAAGAAGAGGAGGCACAGGGAAUACCAGAGCCCAUCAGAGGAGUCAGAGUCUUCCAUGGAGAAGCAAGAAGGAAAGGAGGUAGAGAGACAAGCCACCACUACUACCACCCCAGAGAGCGAGGAAUGGAGCAGCAGCCAGCCUGUGUCAGGUGAGAAGAAGGAGGGCUGGUCAUGGGAGUCCUACUUGGAGGAGCAGAAGGCCGUCACUGCCCCCGUCAACCUCUUCCAGGACUCCCAGGCGGUCACUCACAACAAGAACGGCUUCAAGCUGGGCAUGAAGCUGGAAGGCAUUGACCCUCAGCACCCAUCCAUGUACUUCAUCCUCACAGUGGCCGAGGUCUGUGGCUACCGCCUCCGACUACACUUCGAUGGGUAUUCUGAGUGCCAUGACUUCUGGGUCAAUGCCAACUCCCCCGACAUUCAUCCUGCUGGCUGGUUUGAGAAGACUGGGCACAAGCUGCAACCUCCCAAAGGUUACAAGGAGGAAGAGUUCAGCUGGAGCCAGUACCUACGCAGCACAAGAGCUCAGGCCGCCCCCAAGCACCUGUUUGUGAGCCAGAGCCAUAGUCCCCCACCUCUGGGCUUCCAGGUGGGCAUGAAGCUGGAGGCUGUUGACCGCAUGAAUCCAUCCCUCGUCUGCGUGGCCAGUGUGACCGACGUGGUGGACAGCCGCUUCCUGGUGCACUUUGACAACUGGGACGAUACUUAUGACUACUGGUGUGAUCCCACUAGUCCCUACAUCCACCCAGUGGGCUGGUGCCAGAAGCAAGGGAAGCCCCUCACCCCUCCACAAGACUACCCAGACCCUGAUAGCUUCUGCUGGGAGAAGUAUCUAGAAGAAACUGGGACUUCUGCUGUGCACUGGGCCUUCAAAGUGCGACCCCCUCACAACUUCCUGGUGAACAUGAAGCUGGAGGCAGUAGACCGCAGAAACCCAUCCCUGAUUCGAGUGGCCAGUGUGGAAGAUGUGGAGGACCAUCGGAUAAAGCUCCACUUUGAUGGCUGGAAUCACAACUAUGACUUCUGGAUCGAUGCUGACCAUCCAGACAUCCACCCCGCAGGCUGGUGCUCCAAGACAGGACAUCCUCUAGAGCCUCCUCUCCGACCCAGAGAUCCCAACUCUGCUUCCCCUGGGGACUGCUCCCCCCUCAGCUACAGGAGCCCGCCACACCCCAGGACCUCCAAGUACAACUUCCACCAGCGGAAGUGUCCGACUCCUGGCUGUGAUGGCUCUGGUCACGUCACGGGCAAGUUCACAGCUCACCAUUGCCUCUCGGGCUGCCCGCUGGCCGAGAGGAACCAGAGCAGGCUGAAAGCGGAUCUGUCUGACUCAGAGGCCUCGGCCCGGAAGAGGAACCUCCCAAGCUUGUCCCCUAGGAAGAAGCCUCGCCAUCAUGGCCGGAUCGGACGGCCUCCAAAGUACCGCAAGAUUCCCCAGGAAGAUUUCCAGACCCUCCCUCCUGAUGUGGUACACCAGUCCUUCUUCAUGUCGGCCUUGUCCACCCACCCUGACCGCUCACUCUCUUUGUGCUGGGAGCAGCACUGCAAACUCCUGCCGGGAGUGGCGGGCAUCUCGGCCUCCACUGUCUCCAAGUGGACCAUCGAGGAGGUCUUUGGCUUCGUUCAGACCCUGACAGGUUGUGAGGACCAAGCACGCCUCUUCAAGGAUGAGAUGAUUGACGGCGAGGCCUUCCUUUUGCUGACACAGGCGGACAUUGUGAAGAUCAUGAGCGUCAAGCUGGGCCCAGCCUUGAAGAUCUAUAACGCCAUUCUCAUGUUCAAAAAUGCUGAUGACACCUUAAAGUGACUGGCCUGGGGCUGGGCCUCCUUCCAUUCCUUGUUGGGCCUCCCUCUUCAGCUGAUGCUUCCUUCCCAACCUGAGUUCCUCAUUCCUCCACCUGCACACCUCACCUUCUUUAUCUGACCAGGGCUAAGCAUUUCCAGAAGGUGUGUGGGAGCAGAGGAGCCUGGGAAAGGGGGGAGUCUGGCUCCUUGCUCCUGUCAGUCCUGGAGCUCAUUUGUUUCCGUUGCACAGUGAGGGUGAGACUGGGCUGGGGGUGACCACUGGGGUGGAUUACAGGCACCCCACAUCUCCAGCUGACUCAGUUGGCACCAAAGGCUGUUUUUCUUAGCAGUGAGGCUAAGCCUGGUAGGAGUUCUGUAACCUGAGGUUCUGUUUCCUCUGACAUCUCUACAUACUCUUCUCUCCUCUCCUUUCUUUCUACCAAGAAGUGCCCCAGCCACACACAUUACACAUUUACCGCUCUGCCUGUGGUUUUAUACCCGUUCUCUGCUACCUGCAUCCUGCUCAGUGCUCCAGCUGUGGUUCAGCCAGAUGCUAUGGUUUUCCCAUAUGCCUUGGAAGUGUGCCAUCAGGAACCCACUGGGGGGCGGGGGGGGGGAGGCGGUCAUCUCUGGCUGUCUUUCUCCCUUUUGCCCAUCAGUGGAGGAGAUUCAGAGCCAAGAUGCUUCUUGAAUAUUCCCAGCUCAGGACUCCUUGGCAUUGAAGUGGCCAGUGCCAGGGCCUAGUUCCAACAGAAUGAGCAGAUGGCUGGAGUCUGUUUUACAACUGGCAAGAGGGUGAGGUGUGCCAUACCUUUUCAUCAUUGUGGCUAGAGAAGAGGAAGUCAUGCUUGGUGAGGAGGCCAGGCCAUAUAGCAGCCCAGGGGAUAUCAGGCAACCUGGGGUCUUUGGCCAGCAGGGCAGCUCCAGCAGCCCAGUAUUUCAAGUGCUGAGAGAGCAUCCUUUCUGAGCUGUGGAUUCAGUGAAGGUGUUACCCAUGGGCGAGGGCCCUCCGCCUGCCAGGCCUCUUGCCAGGAGAAUGUAGCACUCUGUCUAGCACACAGCACAGCCCCCCAACCCCCCGCCAUGUCACAUUCCAUCUGGCCCUUAAAUGUUUACUACUCUUGAGGAGUCUUACAAAAACCAUUUAAAGUUGGGAGUCUAGAAGGCAAACUCUUCUGUCUGAACUGUCCAGGUCCCUGAAGCCCUUCUGCCCCUCCAUCUGUCUUACACUGCCAGCUGUGUCCCUGUUGGGGCUCUCGGACUUGGGCCUCUCUAACCAAGCGUAGACCCAACCUCCACUGAGCCACUGCCAAGCCUGCCUCCCAGCCUAGGUGGAGAGGGCCAGCGCCGAGGCGGAGUCAGCCCCGUGUGAAGGCUGGAGCCAGUGCAAAGCCCCUGUGCCCUCAGGUGCUGAGGUGGCCUGCAGGCUGUGGAGCCCAGGGGGCCUUCCUGAGGCCCCUUCGCAGUCAUGUGACCUGUGUGUGUCUGUCUGUAUGUGUGUGUGGAUGUGGAUGUGUGUAUACACAACACUCUCAGGCAUGUUGGACAGGGUGCAGAUGUGAGGCUCGGUGUUGUGUCUGUCAAGGGCUAUUGUGAAAAUACAAAGCUUUAUUUUCUUUUCCCUUGGAAGUAGCAAAGCUGCAGCUCUAUAGGUUUCCUGCCACAGCCCUCGAGGGGAUUCUCCCCCCAAGGACCAGCAGCUUCUCUGGGUCAGCCAUUCAGCCCCCAGCAGGCCUCCGAAGAACCUCAGCAUAUGGUUUUGCUUUCAGACUUUAGGGAUGACCCUGAGCACAGCCUUGCUGGGAAGACACAAGGAAGGCUGGGUUUCCAGAGGUGACAUCACUGCCCCUUGGCUGAGAGCAGGGAGGAGCAAGUCUGCACUCCCUUCCCUUAGCUGCCUCGUUGCAAUGGAAAUCGUGGAACUCAGUGGCUCUUUGGUCUUAGCCUGUUUCUGAGCUGCUCCCUGGCUGUGGGAUGAGGGAGCAGCAAGAACUCAGAGGCAGCGCAUGGGACCACAUAGCUGCUUCUAGGGAGAGGGACCAGGGUGGCCUUACCUGUGAAUCGGUGAGUGAUGCUUACCUAUGGGAAAGGUCAGAUGGACCAAAGGCCUUGGAGAUAGGGCCUCCAGGCAUCUGGACUUUGAGGCCUCCCCACUUUCCGCACUACCAUCAAACUCUUUGGAAAGAAACGGAAUCAUUUAAAAAAAAUGUGGAAAGAAAUCUGCCUCUGUCCAUCCCACGGCCCAUUCACCUCUGCUCUGUCCCCAAAUAGCAUCGUUGCACCUUGUCCUGGGAGCGCGGGAGGGGAGGGAGUGGGCGGCAGUUGCUCAUGCCCUGUGCCCUGCUCUCCAGGGCCAGUAGCCACUUACACUUUGGCCCGCAGUUGCACCCAGCCCCUGCCCAGCCCUGGCCUCGGUCAGGACUGACUUCAGUUUAACAUCUAAGGCAGAGAGAAUGGUCCCAGAGUUUGAAAAUGAAACCUGUUUGCACUUUCCUUCACAUGCACUUUGGUGGGUUGCCUAUUUUGUAUUUGCCUUGUAGUGUGUGUGUGUGUGUGUGUGUGUGUGUGUGUGUGUGUACACACACACACUUGUGAUCUUUAAGAGAAUUCUCUGGUUUAAACUGAAGUGACUCUUGAGGGAGAAAAAGCUACAAGCAAAAUGUGGAGUGAUUUGUCAGUGUAUUGAAACAACAUAAA